CUUCACAGUAUCCCGCAUACUAUUUUUCCGCCCGCCGAGCGCGUCAAGUCGCAUAAUACACAAAUCCGCAACAUGGCUGCGCGACAAACAGUACUCCGGGCUGCGGCUCGCCAAUGCCGCUCAAAUUUGCAGCGUUCGCCGAUAGCAUCAUAUUCACAACCACCUGUCCUACAAUUUUCACGCAAUGUCUCGUCCAGCAACGAGACUUCAACCUCAAAUCACAAUGCCGCUGGCUCUGAGCGUACAACGCACUUUGGUUUCCAGACGGUUCCCGAGUCACAAAAGGCCGAACGUGUGGCCGACGUCUUCCACAAUGUAGCCGAGACUUAUGACAGAAUGAACGAUCUCAUGUCCUUUGGUUGGCACCGGGUCUGGAAGGACCACUUCGUCCGGACCCUCAACCCUGGUCUCUCCGCCGACCCCCUUAAGCCCUCCCCGCAACACAUCCUCGACGUAGCAGGCGGCACGGGCGACAUCGCCUUCCGCAUGCUGCACAACGCACACGUGCUCAACGCGAACCCCAACGUGCGCGUCACCAUCUCCGACAUCAACGCCUCCAUGCUGGCCGUCGGCCGCUCCCGCGCAGAAUCCACCCUCCCGCCGGCCCAGCUCUCGGCGCUGUCCUUCCUCGAGGCCGACGCGACCGACUUCUUGUCCGCCAACUCCUCCGCCACGCCGAGGCACAACGUACCAGCACCGGGCUCGCUGGACCUGUAUACGGUGGCGUUUGGCAUCCGCAACUUCACCGACAUACCGGCGGCGCUGCGCGAGGCGUACCGCGCCCUCCGGCCCGGCGGCGUCUUUGCCUGCCUCGAGUUCAGCAAGGCCGACAGGCACCCGCUCUUCAACGCCGUCUACAAGCGGUGGUCUUUUGGGGCAAUCCCCCUGAUCGGCCAGCUCGUCGCUGGCGACCGCGACAGCUACCAGUACUUGGUCGAAAGCAUCGAGCGCUUCCCCUCCCAGGAGGAGUUCCGCGACAUGAUCGUCGAAGCUGGGUUUGAGGUCUCGGGAGACGGCUACGAGGACCUCACGGGCGGUGUGGCUGCCAUCCACAAGGGCGUUAAGCCACUAGAUGGUUGAACCUGGUUGUCGCUUGACUUGACCGCGGGGCUGUAAUCGACUUUUCCUUUUUCUGUACCUUGACUCCCUUCUAUUUUUCACUGUACAAAAUGUCAUCUCAUGUACUUGUAUUAGCACACCUGGAGGGCGACCGGGAAGAUAAAAGAAACAAAAAGAAACAAACAAAUAACAAAAAGACAACAGAAAAGGGAGGAGGGAGGCGAUGCUAAGAUUAUAAAAUGUACAAUACCAUCACAUACAUCAAAACCACCGCAAAUGAUUUCUCCUUUGUUCAGUUUUAGUCACGGGACAGAAAUAAAGACCACUAUGAACAG